AUGUCGCAAGGAAGAAGACCCACUACCAGGGCACAGACCAGAGCAGAACCUACUCAGACGGCCACACCCCCAUAUUAUGCAAGAAGUCACCCGCAGCUAAUACCCAGAACCCAACACAAUCCCCUGGUCGUGGAAGAAGUCAUCUACAACAAACAAGACUUUGAAGAAUUUGCCGCAGAAGGCCAACCAGUGCCACAUCCCACACCUCAGAUACUUCCCCCUGCACCCAACCCAUCUCCCAUUCCACCAACUAGCACCAUGUCCAACGCCACAGCACCCAAACCCACCAAGUUUGGACAAAUAGACGAUUUCAAUGGAAUGCCCGACCAAGCCAACGGCUGGAUGUUGUCAGCCAAAGCAUACUUUGACGUAAACGACGCCAUUUACAACUCCGACAAAAAGAAGGUCUUCAAAGCCCUCUCCCACAUGAAGGAGGGAGCCGCCCUAGCAUGGAAAGAGACCAAACUGACGGAAUACACCAGAUUGGGCAAAUACCCGAAAUGGGCAGACUUCGAAACCGACUUUAACGGAACAUUCAUUACAGCGGAUGUAAAGGGAGCAGCCAGUGCGGCCCUUAUGACAAUGAAAAUGGAAACAGGAGAAAUGGCAGUAAAGUUUAACUCCCGUUUUAUGGUAGAAGCGGGAAAAAGCGGCUUGAACAACGAAGGACUAAUCAUGAACAUUGCAGGAUGGAUGAGCACUGGAAAGAAAGGAGAAAAGAAGAGAGAAGAAAAAGGAGGAAGAAGCCAAUCAUCCUCGGCAAAAUGUUUAACCAAAGAUGAAGAAGACUCACUCAAAAGAGAAGGGCAAUGCUUUAUAUGCAAAGAACAAGGACACAUCUCGCGGUUUUGCCCGGAUAAAAGGAAAGGAAAACAGCCGGAACAAAAAAUUUGUACCGCCAAAGUCACAGGAAAAGAAGACACAGAGACUGUGGUAGAAGAUGGAAAAGGAAUUUCCCACAUCCUCAAAAUGUGGAGAGAACUUGGAGAAGCCGAUCGCGCCUCUGCCAUUGACAAAUUAGAAAAAGACGGUUUUUGA